AUGUCGAAUCCUACAAUUCCUUCGGGAUGCCCUAUGCACGGAAAAACUUCACAAUCUCCUCAGAAUGAAUCGAAUAACACUAAUAGACGAAAUAAUUCGUCGCCUGGAACUUGUCCGGUUAUUCAUUCAGGUGAUGCUUUGUCACCGGAUAAUCAAAUGCCAACUCUUAGUCAAGAACUAUUGCCAGGUCAAAAGACAAUACUUCCGACAUCUCGAGUAAUUUCUUCAAUACCAAAAGCUCAUAGUUCUGAAAAUUGGGAAUAUCCAUCUCCGCAACAGUUUUAUAGAGCGUUAGUUAGGAAAGGAUGGGUUACUCCUGAGGAAAGCAUUGAAACUAUGGUGGAUAUACACAACUUUCUAAACGAAGAAGCUUGGAAUGAAAUUCUCAAAUGGGAACGUCGGAAGAAUUGUAUGUGCGAUGAACCUAAAUUAUUACGAUUCCGUGGAAGACCACAGGAGCUGAGUCCAAAAGCGCAAAUUCUACAAUGGGCGGGAAAAUUGUUCCCGUCAUUAGGUACGCCGCCUCCUUUUGACCGUCACGAUUGGACAAUUGAUAGAUGUGGUCGAGAAGUGCGUUAUGUUAUUGAUUAUUAUGCAGGUCCAGAUGAAGGUGACAAGCCUGUUUUUUACCUCGACGUGCGGCCAGCUUUAGAUUCUUUUGAUAGCGUUGUUGAUCGAAUCAAGGUGGCCACAAAAAAAACUUUUGAGCAAUUUAGGGAAAGGGCAAAAACUGCGAUUUCAGAUAUAGGCGAUGAUC